AUGGAUUAUGGAUCAGCAAGGAACUCACCAUUUCGAAACCUGCUGAAAAUAUUUUGCCUUCUCCCAACAGUGGCUUACGCUCAGCUCCUCCACCCGGGCGAUGCGAAGUACGAGGAGCAGGCCGUGCGGGGGGUGCGGCACCGGUCCGUGCAGCUGGCGUGCGGCGACGUGGUCGCGCCCAUGGUGGUUUUCUGGAGCUUCACCAAGCUGGGCUCGUUGGUGCCCAGGGCCGUUGCCAUCAGCAACGGGAUAGAGUCCAAGGUGGAGAAGGCUUCUGCAGCCCUGGGGCAGGUGAGCCUGAGGAACGGCACCCUGGAAGUGAGCGACCUGCAGACGGCUGCCCAAGGGCGCUUCAUGUGCCAGGCGAUGUUCGAGGAGGACGGCGAGAUCAAAGUUGGCUACUUCUACAUAGAGCUGGUCGUGCUGGUUCCCGUUCCGAAGCCCUUCCUGCAGAUGACCGACUCUACGCCGGUGGAAGGCGCGGCGGUGACGAUGACGUGUGCGGUGAAGGAGGGGACGCCCCCCAUCGAGUACUCCUGGCACCGGCACACCAACAGGGAGGGUGCGGUGGCUGUCGCGGAAGCUGCCGGCGGGCUGCUGAACCUGACGGCGGCUAACCGGACUCACAUGGGCUGGUACGCCUGCACGGCCCACAACGAGGUCAACAGCCAGACCAGCGACAGGAUGUAUCUCGACGUCAUUUAUGGCCCUGAUGAACCCGUGAUCAACGUUGAGCCGUUUGCUAUUAACCAGAACGGCUUCUCAGCUAACGAGCAGGAGGAGGUGAUCCUGACCUGCCUGGCCCCUUCCAACCCGCCCAGCCACUACGUCUGGUUUUACAACAGCUCCCAGAUCUACUCUGGCCAGAAGUAUGUGAUAGCCAAGAUCUCCCGGACUCAGACGGGCACCUACACCUGCCUGGCCCAAAACGCACUCCUCAACACGCGCACGCAGACCACCAUCAUCCUCACCGUCUACUAUCUGCCCGAGGGGAAGCCCAGCUGCACACCAGUCCCUGCUGCCAAUUUCCGGGACAUUGCUCUGCAGUGUUCGUGGCCUGGCGGGUUCCCCCCCGCGCGGCUGCGGUGGGUGAGAGCUGGCCGGGAAGCAGACGCUGCAGCGUCCUACUCCAAUGCUACCAGAAUCCAGCGAGGGGUGGACGUCCAGAACGGCAGCUCGUACACCUGCCUGGCCUCCCACCCAGCGCUCAGAGAGGAUGCUGUCUGCACCACCACUGUGUGGGUCCCCGUGGGGAACCCCACCUGUUCUGCCAUGGCUACGAAGCAGAACGAGUUUCUCAUGCUGUCCUGCGACUGGGCGGGAGGCCUGCCCCGUGUCACACUCUGGUGGAGAGACUGGCGGAACCGCGUGCUGGGCGGCUUGAAACCAUCCAGCAACAUCUACGUCAUGCAGUCCAACAGCACCCUCGGGGGCAAGGAGUUCACGUGCAUCGCAGCCCACCCUCUGCAGGCCAGAGCCACGGAGUGCCUUGUCCGGCUGGAUGUUCCCAAGCUGGCGGCCGAGCGCACCGAGGUGUUGCUGUUCGAGGGCGGCGAGGUCCAGCUGGCCUGCGCGCUGCAGGGCCCCCACCUGGGCUCCGAAGUGUUCUGGUUCAACAACAAGCACCAGGUGAUCCGGCCGGACGCUGCGAGGUACAGGCUGCAGCAGGGCGACGCUUGGUUCAACCUGACCAUCCGGGACACCGAGUGGAUGAGGGACAGCGGCACCUACCACUGCGCGGCCGUGAACGCCGUGGGAAACGCCACCGUCCCCAUCAGGCUCCGCGUGAAGAAGUACCCGACGCCCCCCAACGUGACGAUCAGCAAGCUGAUGUACACCCGGCAGCGCACCGAGGUGCAGCUGGAGUGGGUGACGCAGGGCUCGGGGAACCUGACCGGCUUCGUCGUCCAAAGGCAAGAAGCAAAGAAAUCCUCGCUGGGCCCGUCCCGGUCGGCAGCCCGGGCCUGGGAGACGGUGGCCAGUGACAUAGAACCUGACAUCCGGGACCACAGGGUGGGCGGCCUGGACCCGGCGGUGGUGUAUGCCUUCCGCAUCCUGGCUGUCAACCACCGCACCACCGGGCACCCGUCCGAGGGGAAGACCCCAGCCGACCCCCCUUUCAACGCCUACCCUGCCGUGAUAGGUGCUGCAGUGGCAGGGAUGGUCGUGGCGGCGGUUGCCUCUCUGCUGGCGUUUCAGUACAUUGUCCGGAACCGGGACAACAACCCACGGCUGCACGACCUGCUCUUCGGCAUGGCUGGCCCUGAGGCUCACGAGCACAUCAGCACUCCAGAAGACGCUGAGACGGCCGCAGGCGUGGCAGAGGCUGAGACGGGCGGAGAGCUUGGGGGCACAUCCCCCCCGGUCGGGGAGGCAUCAGCAGAGUGUCACCCAGAGCCCCCUACAUCCACCCAGGAGGUUCCCCCAGCUCCAGAUCUCGCCGCUGACGACCCUCCGGUCAAUGUCACAAUCACAGUGACUGCGACACCGUGAAUCCCAGCCGGCCCCCAUCAGACCCAUUCAGCACCCCUGCCCCGCAAGAAGGGCUGCAGUCGGGGGAGGGGAAGGGGAUCUGGCAUUUACAGGGCCCCUUCAGGGACUGGCAUUGCCAGACUGUCAGGGUGCGGCUGAGAAGAAAACGGCCCCUGGGUACGAUGCCCCAGAGGGCAGGAGCCAACGUACCAACGCAGGGCCUGGAAGGAGGCUUCGCCGUGGGGCUUGGAAUCCGCUGGGAUUUCGGCCCUUUCUCCCCAUCCCCCACCCCAUAGCGAUUAGCAGGGUGGCACUUUCCCGUGCGGCUUAACUCGCUCCUCUGUGCCCAGCGCUGAGCUCUGCAGGCAGGACAGAGCCCGGGGAGCUGGCCGGUGACUUGCAGUCGCUGCUCCCCUCUCUGACACAAGGGAGCGGGUUCGGCUGGAGUGAACAGGAGCAGCAGUCUUGUCUAGAGCAAGGCGGGGGACACACGCUGCAAACAAGGGGAUGUGGGGGCGCCAGGCUGGAUUCGGGCCCCUGCAGCAAGGCACAGUUCCCUGCAAGCAACUCCUCCACGGCUCGGCCCACAGCUUGGGCUCGAUGGGCAGCAGGGAGGGGGCUGAGCCUGGGGUAGCUUAUCUCGCUUGCCCACUGGCAUACGCUGGCCUGGUAUAAGCACUGGCUUCUACACCUUAACUCUCCUGGUGUAGCUAAUGUGGCCAAACCGUCUAGUGGAGCCAGCCCUUAGGUAGCAAGCCCUCGGGUAUUUCUUGGCUUUCCCAGUCUUUUAACAGCCCACCUUCCCAGCCUCCUCUGGCCAGCAGAAAGUCGCAGAAAAGCCCCCCCCCCCCCGUGUCUUUCCCAUUCACCCG